GUCACUAGGGAAAAAAAGAAUGUAGAUAAGGCAGGAGCUGAUAAGAGAGAAGCCAUUGUGAAAGGCCCCGAGCAUCACAGCUACCUGAAGACUCUUGAAUUUCUUGUCCAGCUCUUGUUGCUUGACAUUCCAUAGUUCUUAAACUGCAACAAGACCAGAACCACACAUUUUUGUUCCCUAAUGUUCUUUUUAGAUAUGCUUUUGUCUGCACUCAGGCUUGUAGAUUGAAACUGUAUUCAGAGCCCAUUCACUCUUUGGAAAGGUUCGAUUUUUUUUUUUUUUUUGAUCCAAAUUUUGUGACUCCGGCCAUUUCUCCCAUUGGGAACCUAGCCUUAUGGCUGAAAUGUGUUCUGGUUCUGGGAGUUUGGUAAAGUAAUAUGAAUGUCACCAGGGCAGCUUAGGUGUUUUGCCUUCACGCAAGGGAAGGCAACAGUGCCCUCCCUCCCCACAAGAGAUGAAACAUGAGGAAUGCUGUUCUUCAGCAUAAUAGCUUGUGGCAUUCAUUGAUACUGUCUCAGUCCCUAACAAUGCCUCUCACUGCUCCACAUUAAUAUCCAUUUGUUGUCCUUUUAGAUUGUACCUUCUUUGGGCAGGGACCAUCUUCUUAAAACGUGUUGAAGAAAUGCCAUGCUUCGUACUUGUCAGUGACUAGAGCUCCCCAACUCUGUGGAGGAAACAUGAUUAUUGCAAGAGGUUAACAAGUCAGAGUUGAGCAGCUGUAGGUGAACUGCUGAAGAUAAAACAAGGCUUUGUUUAAAAAGCUCGAGGGGAUUAAGGAGCAUUAGUCGAUCAGCAUUUCCUUAUUUCGGCAAUUUAGCAGGAGUUACUUUUAAUUGUAAUUUAUGAGGCUCAGUUUCUCCAACCCCAUCUCUACUCUUCAGUGCCUGGAGUAAACAGGGGAGGAAGCCUCUUCCAAGUGAGCAUGGGAGGGACAGAAAGUCUUUUAGAUGGGACACUUGACUCAUCCCAGGUCACUGCAAUUUGCAGACUUCUCCGUUAUCUUCGGCAAGUCACUUGAUACCAGUUUUGAACAUCCAUCUGCAAAACGAGAGGUAACAUCCCUGCCUUGACUUACUGGGAAGAUGCUCAGUAAGUGUCGUAGAAGGGAGGUGCUGCAGAGAACUGAUUUGGGGAUAGAGUGGCUGUGCAAGCAGUUACCAAGGCUUACUUCUGCUCUAUUUAAUCUUGUUCAGAAGCUGUUUCAUGGUCAUGGUGAAUUGUGAUCAAAGGGGCUUGAAAUUUUGUCAUGGCUUGGUGAUACAAUUUAUGACCCACCUUUCAUUUGAGACCUAAUGAGCCAGUGACAAUGGACUUGCAAGUUCUGAGGGGGUCAUUUUUCAGAGUUCAAUCCUCUGGCAAACAGCUCACUGUGAUUCUAAUAAAAAUAUGGCCUAAGCAUAAUUGAGCACUCUCUGGACAGCUCUAAAGCUUGGACUAAGAAGUCAAAGGACAGCAUUUCUGCUGGCAGAUGUUAAAAAAUUAUUUGAUCCUUUUUGUGCUGGCUAGUUUAUGACUUUCUUGCUUGCAGACUUACGGAAAAAAAUACUGCCCUGACAAAUGGAACUCCCAGCAGCCACAUCCAGGAGAUAUUAGGAGAAAAGUAAGGUCCAGUCUAAGCCUUUUCAUCUUCAAGCCGCAAAUUCCUUUGGACUAGCAGAGUAUUGUCUGUUGGGUCAGCUAGUUUUGGCUACUCAUGUGAGCACAAGUCAAGAGAGUUUAUUGGUGAUGACUUGCAUUUUUCCAAACUAUUAUGAAAAUCUCACAUCAAAAUUAGGAAACUGAGCUUAAAGGAGACAAAUGUAGUGAAGUAUGAAGAACUAUUAGUCUCUAUCUUUCUCCUUCUUUAGUCCUUCAAAACAAGGUGAAGGCCAGUUUUCUGAAUUAAUGGGGUACCAUUCUUAUUUGUCCUAUAACAGCGUAUGGGGAUCCCAGCUCUGUGCAGAGGCGUGGUGUUAUUUUUUGCUGUGUGAAUUCAGAGCGAUCACUGCCCAGAAGAGCCUCUCAACUAGCACCUGGGCAGCUCAGAGCAAUUCUGGAAUAUCCAUUGCUAGAAUGGAUCUGGGCUAAGGAUCCCUCAAGUCCAAUCUCCUGCCUUUGAUACUGGCCAGCAUCUUAUGCUUCAAUGGAAGAUAUGGUUCAACCACCAUCAGAGUCAGGUUUUUACUGAAAGAAUUGGAGAAGUCACCAGCCCUGACUAUCCAACACCUUAUCCCGUGCUCAGCUCCUGCAGCUACAGUAUCCAGGUAGAAGAUGGCUUCCUGAUCACACUGGAAUUCAUGGAAACCUUUAAUGUGGAGACAUACCCAGGAGUAUUGUGCCCCUGUGAUGUCCUUAAGGUUAAAACACCCAAAAAGCAAUUUGGCCCAUUCUGUGGAAGGACUUUGCCUGCAAAAAUUGAGACACAGGUUUGCCAUGUCCCAGUCCUGAAGCACCACCCCAUGGUCACAUCGCACCAGUGCAAGCGCGGUACAUUCUGGGUGACCACUGUGCUCUCUUGUGACGCCGGGUAUGCGCUACUUGAAGUAGGUGAACCAUAGCACUGUCAGCCCUGUUAGACGUAAUUUCUCAGGGAUUAAACAUGUAGGUGCCUUUUCUCAUUAACAAUUUCUGGUUUUCGCAUGCUCUAAUUAUGAGGUGUAUUCAGUACACUGAAUUUGUUAGCAGUUGUCCUUUCUUUGAUAUCCUCCCCAAAGCAUUGUGUUUCUGUGUAUGCCUGUGUGUAUGUAUGCCCAUGCUGAUGCUCUUUGAACACUGCUGCUUAGAGAUUUGCUUGUAAUUAUGUUGGAAGAAAAGAAUGAUUUUAUGAAAGAUUUCACAAGAUCAGUGUAGCGAGAAUUUUUAAUGUUCUUUCAUUUGUUACUACAUCACUCCAGGGAAGUUAAAACUGGAAUAUUUGGUCAUUCCUGCUGAAUGCCGCAUUUCAGACUUGCUUCUUAGUAACAUCCUGCUUCCCAGCAUGCAGUUUUGGAUUAUACUCUAGUUUGUUUUUGUGGUUUAACCCCAGCUGGCAACUAAGCAUCAUGCAGCUGCUCCUUCACCUCCCUCACAGUGGGAUGGGGGAGAGAAUCAGAAGGGUAAAAGUGAUAAGGCUUGUGGGCUGAGAUAGACAGUUUAAUAGGUAAAGCGAAAGCCGCACAUGCAAGCAAAGCAAAACAAGGAAUUCAUUCAUCACAGCCCAUCAGCAGGCAGGUGUUCAGCCAUCUCCAGGAAAGCAGGGCUCCAUCACAUGUAACGGUUACUUGGGAAGACAAAUGCCGUAACUCCAAACGUUCCCCCCCGUCCUUCUUCUUCCCCCAGCUUUAUAUGCUGAGCAUGAUGUCAUAUGGUCUGGAAUAUCCCUUGGGUCAGUUGGGGUCAGCUGUCCCGGCUGUGUCCCCUCCCAACUUCUUGUGCACCCCCAGCCUACUCGCUGGUGGGGUGGGGUGAGGAGCAGAAAAGGCCUUGGCUCUGUGUAAGCACUGCUCAGCAGUAAUGAAUACAUCUUGGUGUUAUCAACACUUUCCAGCACAAAUCCAAAACAUAGCCCCAUACUAGCUAGCUACUAUGAAGAAAAUUAACUCUAUCCCAGCCAAAACCAGCAUGUCUGUCUAUGCUUACAGCAAAAUUUUAAAAUCACAGGUAGGUGAUUGUGUUUUAGGAAGGCACAGGCUUACCUCAACAGUUACUUUAUAGUCUGAUUUGAUAGUUGCACACAUUUAGUGUUUAGUGUUGAUGUAGAAACCCAGAAUAACUGAACUGAUGUGAGGCUUAGUGUUCAAUGCCAAUAGCAGGAAAGCUGGGCGUGUAUGGAAGUAGAUAGAUGAAAGCUGUAUUCCAUGUUGUCCUUGAAAUGCACUGACCAGCACUGUGUGCCAUCAUUGCUGGUGACAAGGCAGGUGUAAGUGGAGGAACUGCUACACAACAAAGGCAAAUUAGCCUCCAGAUUCCAGAAAGGGUAAGUAACCCUCUCCCUCACAGUCACAGCCAUCCGCUAUGGCCUUUAUUAGCACCCACAUUUGGAUCUUUAUGAUGAUUGUAUAAGAAUUAUUUACCUUUUCCCACUCUGAAAGUAGUGCAGCAAAGCACUACUUUACAUUAAGUAAAGACAUUUUAAGCAAAUAAAAAUCUAGUUAUUGUUUUUCCCUUAUGAAUGAGCAAAUAAAUGUGUAAUUGAUGUUGUUUUUCUGUAAUUAGCCCUGUUUGAUGUGGAAUUAAUUUGAGCUUUUUUUUCUAUUCAUGCUUCUUGGAGAAUUAAAAUGUUGUGAAGUCUUUUGUAGCGAAAUGUCAAAAGAAUGGUUCUUGGAACAAACCA